AUGGAUAGUCAAAAGAGGGAUUUGGCCAAUAGUACAGCAAAUAACCCAACACUGCUAGAAAUGAAAUUCACAUUAAACAUAAAUAGAAUUAUAGAAGAAAUAGCUGACAGUGGAAAGACUGUAGAUGUACGGGCAGAAGAACUUUGUGAAGGAGAAGUUAUCAACAUAAAGAGAGUGGUUGCAACAAAAAGAGUGAAGAUAUCCCAGAAGAAAUGGUGGUCACUGGGCCCCACUGGAGACAUUCAUUUAAACCAGAUUGAUGCCGAGGACCCAGAGAUUUCCGACUACAUGAUGCUGCCGGACACAGCCACCCUGUCAGAGCGGCUUCGAGUGUGUCUCCAGGAGGGCGAUGAGAACCCAAGAGACUUUACUACCCUCUUCGACCUGUCUAUUUACCAGCUGGAUACCACCUCCCUCCCCAAGGUCAUCAAGGCCCAUGAACAGCUAAAUGUGAAACAUGAACCUCUCCAGCUCAUCCAGCCUCAGUUUGAGACACCACUGCCGGCCCUUCAGCCAGGGGUUUUCCCUCCCAGUUUCGGGGAAUUACCACCUCCUCCGCUGGAGCUAUUUGACUUAGAUGAGACGUUCUCUUCUGAGAAGGCCCGCCUUGCUCAGAUUACAAAUAAGUGUACUGAAGAAGACCUGGAAUUCUAUGUCAGAAAGUGUGGUGACAUUCUUGGAGUAACUAGUAAACUACCAAAGGACCAACAAGAUGCCAAACACAUCCUUGAGCACAUCUUCUUCCAAGUGGUGGAGUUCAAGAAAUUGAACCAGGAACAUGACAUUGAUACAAGUGAACCAGCAUUCCAGAACAAUUGCUGAGGAUCAUGCCUCUUGAAGCAUCUUCUGCCUCCUGAUUUUCUUUUUAAACUAUUUUUGAAUUCCUCUUCAACUCUUUAUCAAAAUUGUCUAUAUACUCUUUACCCAGUGAGUUGUAGGUCUGCAUCUCCUGUGGUGCCCAGAUAGGUAUUUCUAACAAGAUCGUUAUGUAAGAUACAUUCCAUUUUUAAAAUUAAAUCUGACUGAAUCUUUACUUUAAAA